GAAGAAGCUGUCAAGGAAGCUGAAGAAUUAUUAGAAGUAGUUCAAGAUAUGGAUCUUUCAGAUAAUCAACUAAUUGAUAUUAUAGAAAACGAUUCAAAAAGUGAUAAAAUUUUUGAAAAAGAAUCCUCAGAAUUUAAAGGUUUUAAUGGAGAAUAUGGUGGUAUUGGAUGUGUCACUGCUGAUUUACCGCAAGGCAAUGACUUAGCAGGUGUAAAACAGCAUAGGGCAUUAUAUGGUUAUAGAACAUGCAAAGUUUCAAAUAACCAACUUACUGAUUCAAAUUUUAACUACAUUGAGCAUAUAUGA